AUGCUAGUUGCCUGCAUGCUCAUCCUACUGUUAUUUUCACACAGACAUCGUAUACGAGACUUGAACCAGUCAGAAUCUUGUAGAGUCGUUUCCGACCUAGUGAGUUCCAAUUGGGUUACACAAUUUCAACAACAUGAGUACCGGAUCUUUUCUCAAAAUGGUGAAGAUGGGAUACUCCUCUGGAUCUUCGCCAAUAUUGGUACAAUUCAUCAGCCACCCCGUUUUGUUGAGUUCGGUGUUCAAAAUGGCAAACAAUGCAACACACGUUUUCUUCGUGAACAUCUUGGAUGGCAAGGUCUAAUGAUGGAUGUUAAUAAUGCAAAUCUCUCUAUUAACCUUCGCCGUGAGAUGAUCUCUCCAGAAAAUAUCAACGAUUUACUUGCAAAGUACGAGACUCCAGCUACCAUAGAUCUCCUUUCAAUCGAUAUCGAUUUCGACGAUUAUUUCGUUUGGAAGUCAAUCCUGCAAGCAAAUCGAUUUCAUGCUCGUGUUGUAGUUAUUGAAUUCAACUAUGAAAUUCCACCCAACGAAAAUCGAGUCGUCGACCCUAAUCAAGAUUCACGUCGAUGGACGCGUACCAAUUUUUACGGAGCUGGAAUUCUAGCCUUGGCAGCACUCGGACGUGCGCAUGGUUAUACACUCGUGUACGUAGAACAAAAUGCCGUGAACUUAUUUUUCGUUCGAGCAUGUGUGCUGCUGCAGCAAGGCGUCUUUGAUGAUGUUCCAUCUGUAGAGCAACUACAUGUAUCGGAACCUGCUCGUCCGUGGAAACAUGCCCCAGAAAUGGACAAAUCACGAACUUGGAUAUGGAAUGAUACUGCUUGGAUACCAUAG